AAAACUGAUUUGAGUAACGAGUGUCUGAGUCUGAGAGAGCGAGUUGAUUUAAAUCAAAUUUAAAAGAAGAAGAAGAGCGAAAGAAAGAGAAAGAGUUGAAGAAGAAGAAAAAAUGUGUGGGAUAUUCGCGUAUCUGAAUUACAACGUGGAAAGAGAGAGAAGUUACAUCUUGCAGGUUCUCUUCAACGGUUUAAGACGGUUAGAGUAUCGCGGUUACGAUUCCGCCGGAAUCGCCAUCGAUUCUUCUUCUCCUCCAAAACCUCAAUGCUCCUCCAAUUCCGAUUCCGAUUUCACUUCCUCUCCUCCUCUUGUCUUCCGCCAAGAAGGCAACAUCGAAUCCCUUGUUAAAUCCGUAUACCAAGAGGUUGAUGAAACUGCACUCAACUUGAAGGAGAGUUUCAGUACUCAUGCUGGAAUUGCACACACGCGUUGGGCUACACACGGUGAGCCUGCUCCGCGAAAUAGUCAUCCGCAAACUUCAGGUCCUGCUAAUGAAUUCAUGGUUGUUCACAAUGGUGUUAUCACUAAUUAUGAGGUUUUGAAGGCAACAUUGAUCCUACAUGGCUUCACAUUUAAAUCGGAAACUGAUACGGAAGUCAUUCCCAAACUUGCCAAGUUUGUUUAUGAUAAAGCAAAUGAAGCUGCUGGUAAUUUCUGUUUCAGAAUUUACAUAAAAUUUAUAGGAUUAAUCAAAUAUAUGACAUUAACAUUGGUUUUUACUCUAAAUAAUUGUUCAAGAAAAAAGUUUCUAAAUGUUCUCAAUUCAAAACUGAAUUUGGAGUCAUCCAUUUCUCUUGUGGUUGAGGAUCCAAACAUUAUAUUUUCAAAAACUCUCUCACAUAUAGUACUUGUUAUCUGA